AAUCAAACCUCGAACAAACAGGAUUGUAAAAAUGACAUCCACCAUCAUCCUGCGUGUAAUUCUGGGAGAGAACAGUGCACAGAAAGUGACACUUCAGAAUGAUGUCCUUUGUUCUUUGGCAGAGUUAAUGAAUGAGAUACAGACACAGUGUAAUUUGAUGGGAGAAUUCAGACUUCAAAUCAUGGACCCUGACUUAGAAGAUUUUGUGAACCUGACUUCCACAACUGAUGUUCAGAACAAAAGCACCCUUAAGGUCAUCAAACUCUGUGACUCUUUAGCAGUAUCUCCAUCUCCCUCAUCAUGUGACACAGACAUUCUGUCUUCAAGAUCAUCCUCUGAAGUAUCACGUUCUUCAUCCCUUGACCCCCAAGAGUUGACUUUGAAUACAAGGUCUUCUUGGCCAACCUGUUUUGUUGUGCCCCGUUUCUCCUAUGAUGCAGAAAUUAAGCUGGAACAAGGCAAUUCAGAAUACCAAAAAAAUGGCGUUCUGCUGAAUCCAGACCCAAAGCUGAAAUCAGACAUUUUGAAUGGACUUGCUGAAGAAAUAGUAAAAUUCAAAGUGUACCUGUCUGAUGCUGAAUUCAGUGAAGUGGCUGAAGCUCUUAUAAAACCGCAUCCUUGCAUUAAGGAACAAGGAUCCUUAACAGGCUGCAGUGGCUGGAAAAGAAGCCUUAAAUAUAAAAUGUCAAAUUACAGAACCAAGCUGCGAAAUCUUGGUUGUAGUGAAGUGACUGUAAAUGCCAUGAAGCACAAACCUAUGGGUGUAAGCAAUCCAGCUUUUGGGGUCAAGAAGCCACGCAAGGCUGAAGUUAACUUUUGUCCCUCAUUUCUUCCUGGUGAAACUCCUGACAGCAUGGAGCAAAUAAGAGUCUCCCUUCUUUCUGAGGUUAAGAAGAAGAACAACGAGCAAACUCUGAGAAGAUUAAUGGACCUAUCAUUUGCAUUGAGAAGACAAGAGGUUGUCAAAGAAUCUCCACUUAUUGUUGACUUUAUGAGCAGAUGGCCAGCUUUGUUCCAAGAAAAUGAGGUUUGUGCUGAAUUUGCACGGGUAACAACUGUCGCCUUAAUUUCAAAAUUCUUCUCAAAGCUGGAUGAACACACUCCAAGUCUUCUGAAGAUAUUUGCCAAGAGAGGUGGAGCUCAGGGACGAAGGAUAAGGAAACUUCUUGUGCCACUUACAAAGUGUGCCUGCAUUAAUGUUAAGAGGGAGUGUGUCCUCAAAGCCCUGUUUGUCUACCUAAAUGAGGAUCCUGACAAUCUCAUCAAGGAGUACAUGGAUGUUGAUUUUUCCAACUCUGAAUCUGCACUCAAAGAAAUGGUGAUGGGCGUUUUUGUCAUCAGAUGUGAAGGAGGUGAAGGAUGUGAAGGAUGUGAAGAUGAACCUGUGGACGUUGGAGUAGUUCUUGAAGGAGUUACAGCACUAGAAGGGCUUGGUAAUGUAACUAAUGGUGUUGCAUUGCUGAUUGGGCUAAUAUAUGCCCUAAAUCUAAGUUAUCCGAAGGAGCUUCGAUACACCUUUGAACUCCUGCAAAAAGUGUUCCUGGAGCUUGAUGGACACAAACUCUCCACCAAAGUUCAAGUGCUCAAGACCAAGCUUUUUACACCCUGAAACUGUAGCUAAUUGUUUUUGUGUCAAAUAGUCAAAGCAAGCUCAUGUUUCAUCUUCACACAUUUUAAUGCCUUUAUUGAUUUUUGGCCUUUUUUAUGUUUUUGUACAUAAGUGCAUAUGUAAAGAGGAAUAGUUUCCUAAAAAUUACAUUUGUCCUUAACUCGCCCAAUUAAGUCAGAAGGUCAAGGAAAACCAUCAGGGGUUUCAACGACACAUGGGUUAGUGUAGCAUAUGCACAUGUAUCAGGACAAUCAAUAAACUUUGGAGUUUUCAGAAUGCUUUUAACCUGAUGAACUGUGUUCGUUAAUCACUAAGUCGGCUCCGACCAGUCUGCAAAGAUGAGCCCAUUUGACAUCUUUGUGGCCUGGGCGAGGUAAGACAGUGGACCCAAUUUCCUAGCUUUUGGAACAUCAAAGGAUCAACCCCCGGUUGUGGGCAAGAAACUCAGCGCCAGAGACUGACCAGACAAAUUCCACACACACACAUAUACAAACAUGCCUAGAGAUGGUAUGUACCGUUAUUCUCAAGAUAUGACUGUGCCAAAGUGUACCCGCUAUAUUUUAAGUGCAUAUAUGCUUCCUAGUGUUUAGAUUUUAGAGUUUAAAUGACUGUAGCCAUUCUAGUUUCAUUCCUAUUAAUGUAAUUUUGUCUGUAAACCAUAACUUCUUCUACAUGUUUCGUUUAUAUGUCAAGUCUAGAUUCUUUUGAAAGCUGUUCAUCUGAUUUAUUCCAUAAUGUAUGUCACACUGCUGACAAAUGCAUUGUACUAUUUUUAAUAGUACUUCGAAGGAAAAUGAACACUAAUCCAACCUUGUAAAUCAUGCAAAUGAGUUUGCAAGACAAAAACAAAGGGAAAGCUUUCCCGCCAACUUUGCACCCAUGUUAUUGGCUACCCCACCUCAAGGAGGUGUGUCGGCUUAUCUGUCAUAAAAGCAAAGACGCACAAUCUCUUGGUUGUUCUCCCGAUUGUCUCUCGUCUGCUCGUGCACGUCCCUCUCGGACGUCUCCGGUGACCACGCGCUGCCAUCGCGCUCACCUUCGGGACCGCCAUCUUCCAGCGAAACUCACUCUCAAGUCCUCAGUUCAAACCUUCCCGCGGAACGGAAGAAGCCAACGAACUGCACCAGCGCUAAACUGAAAUCCGACAUGCACAACCAAUGCAAGUAUACUGCCGUUUCUCAAUCUUAGAUAAGGAAACUGUUUUCCGCGCUGGCUCAAGGACUGUUUGUAAGUUUGCUACUUGCCUUCUCUCUUUCCUUCCUUUUCUACUUUCCCCUUGUAUAUAUAUAUGUGUAUAUCCUCUGUAUAUAUUUAGACGUAUAACCUCGGUAGUUGUUUUCGUAUAUUAAAAACGCAUUACAUUUCA